CCAUCAACUGUGACGGAUUAGAACCGAGGACACGACAGGAUCUCCAUCUGCUGCCAUCAUGUCAAAAGUGUUUAAGAAGACCAGUGGGAAUGGAAGCAUUGCCUUGUACUUGGGGAGGAGAGAUUUUGUGGACCAUGUGGAUUCUGUCGAAGUGGUUGAUGGGAUAGUUAAGGUGGACCCCUCUGGUCUUAAUGGCAGAAAAGUAUUUGUCUACCUCGCCUGUGCCUUCCGCUAUGGAAGUGACGACCUGGAUGUUAUCGGACUCUCCUUCAGGAGAGACAUCUGGAUGAAGAAAGUUCAGGUGUAUCCACCUGCAGAUGGAAAUCCAACUAAGACACCAAUGCAGGAAUCCCUCCUGAAAAAAGUUGGCGAGCAAGGGUGUCCCUUCUCUUUCCAGAUGCCAACAAAUCUACCAUGCUCAGUCUCUUUACACCCAGGGCCAAAAGAUGACGGCAAGGCCUGUGGAGUGGAUUUUGAGGUCAAAGCAUACAUUGCCAAUGAAGCAAGCAAUCCAGAUGAAGUAAUUGAAAAAAAGGACACCUGCCGCUUGAUGAUUCGUAAAAUACAGUUCGCACCGACUAACAAAGCCGGACCAAAGGUCGAACUCUCCAAACAGUUUAUGAUGAGCGACAAACCGAUUCACUUGGAGGCAUCUCUUGAAAAAGAGAUUUACUACCAUGGAGACCCGAUCAAUGUCAGUGUGAAAAUCAACAACGAAACCUCAAAGACUAUAAAGAAAAUCAAAGUCUCUGUGGAUCAGUUAACAAAUGUUGUCCUCUACUCAUCUGACACUUACACCAAGGAGGUCUGCUCCGAGGAGUUUGUAGAGAAUAUAGCUGCAAACUCUACUUUUGAGAAGUCCUUUCAAGUUACCCCAAUGCUGUCCAACAACAAGGAAAAACGAGGGCUUGCCGUAGAUGGAAAGCUGAAAGACGAGGACACCAACUUGGCAUCAACGACGCUGAGUCAAGGGGACAAGGAGAUACAGGGAAUCAUCGUCCACUACAAAGUCAAAAUUGCUGUAACGGCGUCUGGAGGAGGCUUGCUGGGUGGCCUGACAGGAAGUGACGUUGUUGUGGAGCUUCCUUUAACUCUGAUGUCCCCAAAACCAGCAGAAGUAACGGAUGUCAUAGUUGAUCCUGUGGAGGCAUAAAAAAGGAAAAUCAACUGGGAAAACCAAGGAACUCAUCACCAAUGAAGAACACACACAGAAUUGUUUCAUGCAAACACAACAAUGUUCCUAUUUUCCAUGUAUAUGUUAUUUUUUACUGUAAAUUACACUCAAUGCACAAUUACAGAAUAACUACAUGUAACUUUUUUCUGAAUGUCAUUAUAUCUAAAAUGUACGGGACAAUUGUCAAAUGUCCCUUAGUAUAGUGGAGACCUUUAUGCACAUUCUAUAAAGUGAAAAUGCUUAGCUCAAUUUGUUAUUGAUGUGGAUUUUUGUGUUGUUAGAGCAGUUAAUAAACCUGCAGUUAUGGGAUGAAUGUCUUCGCAAUACUUGCUACUCUUUACAGACAAAUAAACAAAUACACUCUUUUGUCCUUA